UUUAAUAUCUCUCUCUAAGCUUAAGAGGGAUUGUUCGUAAUUAUUCAUCCUCCUAGCACUAUAAAUACUCCACAUUAGCACCAGACUUCAACCAUCUCAUCUUUGCAAUCACUUCUCUUUACAACUUUUAUCUUAGCUUACUUAUAACAUGGCUUCCAAAACAAGAGCCUCAGUUACCCUUUUCCUCUCUUUGAAUCUCCUUUUCUUUGCCCUAGUCAGUGGAACCGAUUGUGGCUCUUGUCAUUCUAUUCCUCCUAGCACCGGUAAUGGUGGUGGCAAUGGUGGUAACACUGGUGGUUCGGGCAAUGGUGGCGGCUCCGGCAACGGAGGUGGUUCGGGCAAUGGAGGUGGAAGUGGCAAUGGACGAGGCAGGUGCCCGAGAGAUGCUUUGAAGUUGGGUGUAUGUGCAAAUUUAGUUGGUGGAUUGGUGGGUGCGGUAAUUGGGACUCCUCCAACGAUGCCAUGCUGCAGCUUGAUCGCGGGGCUGGCAGAUCUAGAGGCGGCAGUUUGCUUGUGCACAGCCAUAAGGGCAAACGUGCUGGGAAUAAAUCUGAAUGUGCCACUCUCUCUUAGCCUUGUUCUCAACAACUGUGGAAGGAAUCCUCCUACUGGCUUCACUUGCUAAGCGGAAGUACCCGAUUAAUUGUAUUAAACCUCAUUCUGCCUUUGUUAUGUCAGUCAUUUUGCCGGAUUUCUUUUUACGAUCACUUUGUCAAAUGUGUUAUGCUAACAGUUCUAAAUAAGCGAACUUGCAAAAUUAAAUAGCACAUUUGAUUUUAUAUAUGUACUUUGGAGGUUUAUUAACAUAUGUACUAUCAUUCUCUGUUUCAUAAGCAUAUUUGUGGGUUUUGUUUGACG